AUGGAUAGGAGAGAAAAUAUUGAUAAUAAUCAGAGUCAUCCUCUUCUUACUUCUUCUCCUGAUCAAGAACAUGCAGAACCUACAAAUCUAGAAAAUGAAGAAAGCAUGUCAAGAAGUCAGGAUCAUGCAGAAGAAGGGGUGUUAGUAAUCUCUCAAGGGAAUGGGGAUGUAGGUUUCCCGACAAGGUCACCAGGUCCUGUUGAACCAAAUUCUUCAAGACCUGAUGUAAAUGUCGAAGAUGGAUUGGGUCAAUCGACUACCGCGAUACCAGAAGGUGAUGUUGCAGUCGGUUUGCCUAGGUGUUUUGUCCAAGGUGAAUCAUCAAGUGCACCAACACCAGGAAAUGUUGCCGAGAUUGAUCAAGCAAGUUUGGUUUUUCACCCCGGUCUUUCUUCAAAAUCGGGUAAAAAGACCAGAAAGAAUAAGAAAGUUCAAGGCAUCAGAAUUGGUAUGGAGGGUCAGCCAAGUAACCCAUUACCAGACCUGAAUCGCUUUCCAUUUUGUUAUGAAUGUAAAAAGGAAUUUUUUUCAUGGAAAGCUGUACAUGGGCACAUGCGGACGCAUCCAGAGCGUGAAUGGCGUGGUACUGUUCCACCACCCAAUGUUGCACGGCCAUCUAUUCCACCGUGGUGUGCUGGUAUCUUCUGCAAACAAUUCACAAGAGCAAGAGCCUCAGGGUCAAGACAUGUGAAUGAGAACUCGGCAUCGAGUUCUAAUGCGCGAUAUGAGUGCUCUGUUUGCAAGAAGGUGUUCCCCACUCACCAAGGGUUGGGUGGUCAUCGUGCAAGCCACAAGAGUGUGAAGGGUUGUCAUGCUGUCGACAACACUGCUGCAGAACAUCAGUCUGCAGAAAGAAAUGGCUCUGAUGCAACGGGUACUGGAAAUAUCUUUGGAUGCCACAUCUGUUUGAGGCGUUUCGCGAGUGGGAAAGCACUGGGUGGCCAUAUGAGGCGGCAUCCAGAGAGAAGGGAAGAAGCGUCGUCGUCAGUGCAGGACUCAAACGUAGAUUCUACGUCUUUGAGACGAAUUGGCUUGGUGGUGGAUUUAAACCUUCCCCUUCCUCCUAAUCUCCCCCUUCCUCCUUAUUUGCCUUUGCCUACAGAGAACGACGAAGAUUCAUCAGCAUCAUCUUCAUCUUCAUCUUCAUCUUCAUCAUCACCAUCACCAUCUCCCGAUGCCAGUUUGGACCUGCACUUGUGAGUUUGACGAAAGCAAGACUCGCUUAUUAUAUGUUUAAUUUAAGGGUGUGUAUAUGUGAUACUAUAUAUCUAUCUAUCUAUCAUCUCCCAUUCUAUCAAUUUGUGACUGUUUGUUACAGUUGAUGUGUGCAUGUUUUAAUAAAUGGGAGGAGCGUAACAAUGUAAUGAAAUGUGGGAAACCUUAUUCUCUGUAAUGUAUUGUU